UUUAGGUAUUGCCGUUGGCUUAGAGAGAGAAAAAAAGCAUCAAGUGUUGUGUUGGGAACUCCUCUAUAAUACAUGACCCAUAAGGGGGUCUGUUUGUAAAGUCCCAAGCAUUUGUCAUCACUCAAAGAGUGGACAAGUCCCGUCAAAAUUGCUGCACCUUGGUCUGCACCUUCCUUGCUCCGUCCCCUUAUUCUCUCUAAUUCUUCACCCUCUUAAUUAAACCUUCUCCCUCGUUCCCCUUGUGACCACAACACACAACAACACAACACAUAUAUAGUUCUUUCUUUUGUAACAAACCCUCAUAUUAUAAGCUGAUCCAGGAUUAGCUAUUUGGAAUCACCAAAUAUAUAGGAUCAUUCCAACAUGGGUUUUUCCUCAAAAGAAGAGAAGUCCAAAAGAAUAUUGAGGGGCUUGAAGACUCUGUUCUUCUUGAUCACUAUGGUUAUAUCGCUUCUUCUUUUCUCAGCCCCGGUUCUCCUUGUUAUUGCCGAUGCACUUGUUCCUUCUGCUUUGCUCUCCACGCUAUCUCCUUCUUCUUUCUCCUUGGAAACUCUCGCUUCCCAUUUCCACAACUACGAUUUUAGAUACUCUCUCAUUGAUAUUCCCCUUGUGUCAAUAAUACGAUCCUUCAUCAUCUUCUGUGUUUAUAGUUUGUGUGAUGGACCAAGGCUUUCCCGUGGACCUUAUUUGGGGAUCACGACCAUGUGCUCUGUUUUGUCUCUGAUGUUUGUGUCGUUCAAAGCCGUUUACAUCUUCAGUGUUUCGGGUAUUGAUCGAAGUGGGUAUGUUCGUGCCACCGAAAUAGCUCUGUUCGUGUGCUCUUGUGCGUUGGCCGUGGGACAUGUUGUGGUGGCCUACAGAACAAGUUGCAGGGAAAGAAGAAAGCUUUUGGUCUACAAAAUUGACAUUGAAGCUAUUUCAGCUUGCAAAAAUGGGUAUCCCAGGUAUCCGAAGAUUCCUCAAGAAGAAAGAAUCAAAUGAACUCACAUGUGCCUCUACAAGAUUAAAGGAUAUAUCAAUAUCAACUAUACGUAUAUAUGAUUUUCAACUAACACAAACAGCUUCUGCUAUUCAUCAUAUUAUGUUCUUGCGUGCGUCAAAGGAUGCUACGGUUUAUCCAAAGGAUGCCAGUAACCUUUGACGCCUAAUUUUCUAACCUCGGAUACUGUCAUAGAAGUUUACACUCUACCGCUACCAGGAUACAUAAAGUUGUUGAAUGGUGUUUAGGUAUAAUUAAUAGUGAUUAAUAUAUGUACAAUAGUGCUUCCAUCUUUGGCGAUUUAUGUAUAACUAUUUUAAUUUGUUUUGUUAUUCUUGUUUUCCCUUUGCAAUUGUUUCGUGUAUAUCUUCUUGUAUAUAUAAAAAUGAAUGGUUUGUUAUAUGUAGUA